CAAAUCACCUAAGGCAAGAGGCAGGGUAGGAUAGGGUCUGUAGCUGAUUACUGAUUUCACUAGCAAAUAAAGCAGCAGCUGCCCUCCACUGCGACUUUACACUUAAAGCUCUGUGACAUUUGUAUGGGACAGGAUGCUUUCAUGGAGCACUCCAGUGGCACAUUCUGCUUGUUAAGAUGCAACAUUUAUUUUCUGCUUUUAGGCACAUGCUCUAUGUUGACACUGAGAAUACCAUCAACAACAAUCCAUGGCAUCGAGGGGCAGCUACUGGUUCUUCCCGUCCAUUACAACUUUAACUCUUCUGCGUCCGGCAUUCAAAUUAUUUGGUUGUUUGAAAAAUAUCAGACUCCUGCAAUAUAUUUACUCAGUUCUGUAAAUCAGUCAGUAGUUCCAGAUCUGGAAUUUCAACAUAAGUUUACUUUGAAUCCACCAAAUGCAUCAUUAGUAAUCAAUUCAUUACAUAUGAAAGAUGAAGGCAACUAUAACGUGAAAGUAAAUAUCCAUGGCAGCCCCACAGUCUCCGCUAAUCAGAAUAUCCACGUUACAGUUAAUGUGCCAGUGUCAAAACCCAUUGUCCUAAAUGAACCAUUGCAUGGAGCUGUGGAAAACGUGGGAAAUGUUACAUUUAAAUGUUCUGUAUCAAAAGGAAACAGGGUAAUUUACCAGUGGCUAAAAAAUGGAAAGCCACUGCCGAGCAGCCCAAGGUAUUCUUUUUCUCCAAACAAUGAUACACUUUUUAUUGAUCCGGCCAUGAAGAAAGAUAUUGGUAAUUACAGCUGUUUGGCAAGAAAUCUUGUAAGUGAAAUGGAGAGUGAACCAAUUACACCGACAAUAUAUUAUGGCCCCUAUGAACUAACAGUGAAUUCAGAUAAAGGACUUAAAGUUGGAGAAGUAUUCACAGUUGACAUAGGAGAAUCUGUACAGUUUGAUUGUUCAGCUGAUUCUAACCCUCCAAACACAUUUGCAUGGAUCCAAAGGACUGAAAAUUCAACAGAGAUCAUCAACUAUGGACCAUACUUUAAAGUUCUUUCAGAAAAAGUUGGGCAAAAGACAUUGGAUUAUAUGUGCCGGGCAUACAACAAUAUAACUGGAAAACUAGAUGAAACUCAGUUCACUGUUAUAUUAACAUCUAUAGAUCCUCAGAAGCUGACUCAAAAAGGAAAUUCAUUGUCAUCCUUAGCAGCAAUUACUGGAAUUUCAUUAUUUAUUAUUUUGGCAAUGUCCCUUCUGUUUGUUGGGAGAAAAUAUCACCUUCAUAGAGCUAUUAAAUGGAAGCUCCAGAAUAGGAGGCCUUCAACAGAAUAUAGAAGAACUCAGAUAUUUUCAGGACAUGAAGAUGCUCUUAAUGAUUUUGGGAUAUAUGAAUUUGUUUCCUUUCCUGAUCCUUCUGCUACACACAGGGCAUCAAGCAACAAAUCAGUUUCAACAUCUAAUGUCUCUCAAGCCCAUGAUGUAAACUGUACAGUUUAUGAAGUCAUACGGCAUGUUCCCGAACAACCCCAGAAUGGUCAGCAGGAAUUAAACCAGUGCUCGAAUACUGAUGGAUGAAAAGCCAUGCUAAUAACCAAGGUGCCUGCGUGAAGAACUGUUUCCCAGUGUUGCAGUUUAUCCCACAAUUGGCAACAAAGAAAAACAUCUUAUUUAUUCUAGUAAAAUACCUCAAUAUUCUGGCCCUAACUGCUAUGUAUUAUUGCACUUAUAUUGUCUUUGGUGACAUUCAUACAACGUAAAUUAAAUGUAUGGUAUAAAAAUUAUUUUUCAAACAUUUAAACCCCCAUUUUUGAAUCAUCAUGCUAACAAAAAGGUUUGUGUUUAUUGCUAAAAUCAACGUCAAGCUUAAACUGUUUUAGAUCACCUCAGCUGCCUUGAAAAUAUGAGAAAUUGAAGGAUGAAACUAUUUAAAAAAUAGUUUUUUUUUAUUGCGUUUUCACAGGUGUUUACACAAUAAAGAAGAAAACAUAGUACAUAAUAGAUAAAACAGGUGCAUCAAAUUACCAGAUAUAUGUCCAUAGUAUGAGUGGUCUUACUGCUGGUGAGGACGCCAUAAUACUUAAUUCAAGAGAAAAAAGUCAUGACAGACUUAGAAGUUCAGUUGAAUCAAAUAUUAAUAUAGUAAAAAAGUUGUUAUUCUCUAAACACAGUUUGAGAACACUGAAACACAAUCUAGAGAUUUGCACUAUAUAUUCAAGAAGCCUGAAUCCAUCAAGAUGGAGGAACAAAAGAGCCAAAAAAAGGGGGGGGGGGAGUCUCUUCCCUACAUACAGACAGAGUCUAUAUAGAGAGCAUACACGUUGUGAUCUACAUUUCCCAGUAGACGUCCUCGACCAUAAAGGAGUAGUCUGGUCUCCCCAUUUCCAACCAGGAUCAAACAAUUUUUAUUAAGUGAUAAAGUUUUUUACUUUCCAUUGAAAGCUAAGUCACCGCAGGGUCAACUUAGACUUAAGUCUAGAUUCAGUAAACUGAAGAGAUUUGCCAUUUGCUAAAUUCUUUCUAAAAUAGGAAAGGCCUCACAUCAGACAUAAUUAUAUAUUUUUUUUUAAAUUGUUUUACAAAUUACAUGGAACUCAUUGAGGUUUUACCACUUUAAUUAAAGGGACAGUAAACACCUUGUAAUUACAAGACAUGUUUGUUGUCUUGUUUUAGAAUAACAUACCAACCAAGUACAAACAGCUUCAAAAUAAAUUAGCAUCAUGUUUGAUGUAAUUGUUUUUCAAUAGCCAAUGUUAGUAUAAAUUGCAUUGUUGUAAAUUUCUUAUCUGUUAAAGCCAAUUAGGGAAAGGUAUAAAGCAGGGUUAUCCUUGAGAAGUCUGCACAAAGUGCUUUUUCACUAAUGAGAAUUAGAAAAGACAGACUUUUAAGGGUUAAAUUACUUGAAAAGAGGGCAAAAUAGAAAAAGCACAAAGUACAUUGAAAAGUUGUUUUUCUACACAGAACUAGACAUUUUUAUAAUAAAGGGACAGUCUACACCAUAAUUUUUAUUGUUUUAAAAGAUAGAUAAUCCCAUUAAUAGCCAUUCCCUAGUUUUGCAUUACCAACACAGUUAUAUAAAUACACAUUUUACCUCUGUAAUUAUCUUGUAUCUAAGCCUCUGCAAACUGCCCCCCUAUUUUAGUUCUUUUGACAGACUUGCAUUUUAGCCAAUCAGUGCUCGCUCCUAGGAACUCCACGUGUGUAAGCACAGUGUUAUCUAUAUGACACACAUGAACUAACACCCUCUAGUGGUGAAAAACUGUCAAAAUGCCCUGAGAGAAGAGGCGACCUUCAAGGGCUUAGAAAUUAGAAUAUGAACCUCCUAGGUUUAGCUUUCAACUAAGAAUACCACGAGAACAAAGCAACAUUGAUCAUAAAAGUAAAUUGGAAAAUUAAUUAAAAUU